AUGUUUGUAAUUAGGACACCCACAAAAGCCCCCAAGAGGGCUCAAAGCACAAGCCCCGACUCGAACAGGGAAGUGACCGCCGAGCUAAACGUGACUUAUGAAGCGAAACCUUCAACCCCACCGACGGAAGCCUAUGUGAUCGCUUUAAAUAGCAACAUAGAAACGGCCGAUCCGAUAGACAUCACUGGAUUUACGACGGAGGUGCCUGCUGAGACAGAACAAAGCCUCAACCAAUUCGACUCAAAUUUA